AAAACUGUGUCAAGAUUACGUGCGAUCUUGCCGAGCUUGCAGCGUAAGAUUGCCGCAAGCUUGUCGCAGGUAUCAAAAUGUCCUUAUGCACUUCUGAAGAAGCUUUUGCCAACAGAAGACAAUAAUGAGAGAAUAAUGCAUGAAAAUGUCGCGAAAACAAUUACAAUUCUUUAUUUUAUUUAUAAACGGACAAUAUAAGAAAUACAACGCGUGUAUAUAAAAUUGACGAUCGCGUGUCCGAUCAUUUUGCCCCUCGCAUCCUUCCGUUUCUUCUUAGCAUGUUUUCUUUUUUCUCCAUUUAAUCUUUCCAGUAAAAGAAAAGAAGUGUUCGUCGGUACCAAGGUACCGUUAUACAUUAUUUUCCGAAUGAAAAUAACCAUAACGUGUUACUUGUACAUUUAUUUGCGGAAAAUAAAGCACACGCGACAUUGCAUAAAAUUUCAGCUUUCUUCCUUAUUGUGUCAUCUGACAAAUAAUAGUAAAAUUACCAUUACAAGACAAGUAAGAAUAGAAUGAGAAAAACUAAGAGUUGAACACUAUAAUAAAUCACAGUCUCCAAUACCAAUUUUCAAGCAGAUCUGUGAGAUUCUUAAUUAAUUCUUCCGCCAUGUUGCAACCGCCAUUUUGAAUUUUGAAAGUCCGACUUUUGAUUCGUUUCGGAGAGCCCAAAAAUGAUAUUUAAAUUAUCUUUCACAAUUGUGUUUUGACCAUUAUCUUAAUUGCGUGACUGAAAGAGUUAAUAUUGUCAGUUUGUAAACUGUUUUUUAAAUCCGUUAAAAAAAAGUCGUCUGAAGGCUGUGACAUGAUAUAAAAUGCAAGGUAAUUGGAUAUUUUAAAGCAUCUACCAAACAUUAAAAACCGAGAAGAGUAUUCCAAAACUUUUAAAAAAUGGACCAAGCAAAGGAAUAUUUAAAUCAAACGAAUGGAGUCCAAUAUGAGGGGAUAACGUCAUUACUAGAUGAAUUCGAGGAUGAAAUUAAAACUAUGAGAGGAACAAUUAUGGACAUUGGUUGUGGGCCUGGAAACCUUACGAAAAGUUUACUUCUUCCGAAAUUUACCAAAGAUACAAAUGUCAUUGGUUUAGAUGUGUCAAAGAACAUGAUUGACUGUGCCCGAACAAUAAAUAAGAGCGAAAAGCGAUUAAGCUUCGAGCAACUGAAUAUUGAAACCAACAAAUUGCCUGCUGAGUAUAUAGAGAGAUUUGAUAAUGGAUUUUCAUUCUUUUGCCUUCAGUGGGUGCAUGAUAUGAAGCUCGGCUUUGGAAAUAUUUACAAAAUGUUACGUCCAGGUGGAACUUUUAUAAGUUCGCAAAUCUUAUCAUUCGGCAUUUAUCCAAUUUACAUGAGACUUGCAGAAGAUCCACGAUAUAAAGAAUAUAUGAAGGACGUCUUACAUGUAAUUAAUCCCCUCUACUUCGAUAAAACACCGAGAGCAACAUUUAAAAAAUUAUUACGCGAAAUUGGAUUCGAAGUGAUUCAUUGCAGUUUGAGAAAGGGAAUUGGUGGUUACGAUGUUAAUGAUGAUAGAAGAGAACUCUUGCAAAGUAUAAAUCCGUUCAUACUGAGGAUGCCGAAAAAUAUGCAAAAAGAAUAUUUGGAUUAUAUUGUCAACGAGAGUUUAAAGGAAGAAUCAGUUUUAUUCAAACCAUCCGGAAAUUCUACGGAGGAGGAUCAAGUUUUCGAUGUCUAUAACUUAUUUACUCUUUGUCUAAGAAAGCCCAUGAGAUAGUUUUCUGUUCUGGUCCAAAGUAUGCCUGCUUAUAAAUUAUUCUUUUACAGAAUAUAAAUUUCGAAUAAAAGGUUUAAAUUUA